ACUCAAGAAAAAGAAAGUUCAGGCCGAGCAAUCCGAUGGUCAAGGCAUCAGCUGGCUUUAGAUCUUUAUCGUCCUUUCAUCCACUUCCACAGCCAGCAUCCUCUUGUACAAGAACCACCAUGCGAUCUCUCACCGUCGACUCUCUGAACCCCGCCGUUCGCAACGUGCAGUAUGCCGUGCGCGGUGAGCUGGCAAUAAAAGCAGAGGAGUAUCGUGUCAGACUCAAGGAGAGAAGUCAGGACAGCGGUCUACCAUUUGAUCGAGUCAUCUCUUCGAACAUUGGAAACCCUCAACAGAAGGGGCUCGAUCAACCCCCCAUUACCUUCAAUCGGCAGGUUGCUGCACUCAUGGAGUGGCCGCAGCUGGCGCAGCUUGCACCAGAUGCAUUUCCAAAGGACGUCAUUGCCCGCGCGAAGGAACUGCACGAGGAAAUUGGUUCCAUCGGUGCCUACUCGCACUCCCAGGGCGUUCCUCUCAUCCGUCAGAAUGUCGCGAAAUUUAUUCAGGAUCGUGAUGGACAUCCGUCCUUACCAGACAACAUCUUCUUGACAGGCGGCGCUUCUGCGGGUGUUUCGCUUCUGAUUUCAAUGCUUAUCUCGGAACCCCACAAAUCUGGUGUCCUUAUCCCUAUCCCGCAGUACCCAUUAUAUACCGCGACACUGGCACAAUUUUCAGGCGUGGCGAUUCCGUACCAUCUUGAUGAGGUACACGACUGGUCCACGUCAAUUGACGAAAUCAAGGCGGCACUUAAAAAGGCAAAGGAAGAUGGUAUAGACCCCAAGGCACUUGACACGCAAAGGGAGGUGGCAAAUUUGUGCGCAGAGCAUGGACUCGUGCUCCUCGCGGACGAAGUGUAUCAGAGCAAUCUGCACCGUGCGGCCGAAUUCCCAUUCACUUCAUUCAAGAAGGUUGUCUGCGACAUAGGCUCACCAGUUCCACUCGUAUCCUUCCACAGUAUCAGUAAGGGUGUGACAGGGGAGUGUGGGCGGCGUGGUGGUUACUUCGAGUGUCACAACAUCUCGGAGGACGUCCGCGCGAUGAUGUACAAAAUGGUGAGCGUUGGGCUGUGCCCUCCGCUGCAAGGCCAAAUUGGUAUGGACUGCCUGGUGCGACCCCCAAAGCAGGGCGACGAAAGCUACGCGCUUUGGAAAGAGGAGACGACGCGAAUUCACGAGGUACUCGCGCAACGCACCAAGGUCAUGGCGGAUCGCCUAAACAGCCUACCUGGCGUCUCAUGCGUUGAUUCCCCCGGAGCACUAUACCUUUACCCCAAGAUCACGCUCUCAGACAAAGCGAUAACUGCCGCACAGGCUGCCGGCAAGGAGCCGGAUGCAUUCUAUUCACUCGCGCUUCUCGAUGCAACAGGCAUCUGCGUCGUGCCAGGCAGCGGAUUUGGGCAGAAGGAGGGAGAGUACCAUUACCGCCUUACCUGCUUAUGUCCUGGCGUGGACGAGUAUGUUGGGAAGUUAGAGAAGUUCCAUCGCGAAUUCACUGUGAAGUACCAGUGAUUUCGGAUAUCCUCGUUUUAUUAAACAAAGGCUGUAUAUGUUCGUCAGGUUAGAUGUCGCUGCUGACUUUGUACCUUGCUGUGUUGUAGUACUGCUACCUGCUUUCAUAUGUGCGCUUGGGAUACCCACCUCUAUACCAUCUGUUCAUGUGUUAGCAAUUAAUAUUAUGGCCGUGGGU